AUGGAUGAGAUCGCCCCUGAAUAUGAUGUUAUUGUCCUCGGCACAGGAUUGACGGAAUGUGUGCUUUCUGGUGUCCUUUCCGUGAAAGGCAAGAAAGUCCUCCACAUUGACCGAAAUGAUCACUACGGCGGAGAGGCGGCGUCCGUGAAUAUCGAGACCUUGUUCAAGAAAUAUGGCAACUUUCGAGAAGGAGAAGAACCGUGGAAGAAGUACGGGCGAAUUAACGACUGGAACGUCGAUCUCGUGCCGAAACUCCUCAUGGCCAAUGGCGAGCUUACCAAUAUCCUCGUUUCGACCGACGUCACUCGAUACCUCGAGUUCAAGCAGAUCGCAGGCAGCUUUGUACAACAGGGGUCAGGACCCAGGGCCACGGUGGCCAAGGUUCCGUCCACUGCUGCUGAAGCCCUCAGUUCACCCUUGAUGGGCCUAUUUGAAAAGAGACGGGCGAAGAAGUUCUUGGAAUGGGUGGGUGCUUUUGAAGAGAGCGACCCGUCCACUCACAACGGAAUGAAUCUCAAUCAAUGCACGAUGAAAGAUGUCUACGACAAAUUUGGUCUAGAAGCAACCACCCGAGAUUUCAUCGGUCAUUCAAUGGCCCUUUACUCGACCGAUGAAUAUAUCAGCACUCCCGGAAUGGCAAAGGAAACAAUUGAGAGAAUCCGUCUUUAUGCCAAUUCCAUGGCUCGCUACGGAAAAUCUCCGUAUAUCUACCCCCUCUACGGUUUGGGUGAACUACCACAAGGCUUUGCCCGUCUUUCCGCCAUUUAUGGAGGCACGUACAUGCUCAACACCUCCGUCGACGAGUUCUUGUAUGAAAACGGUAAAGCCAGCGGUAUCAAAGCGACAAUGAAAGAGCGUGGCGAAGAAGGGGAAGGAAUGAAGUUCACCACGAAGACCAAAAUGAUUUUGGGUGACCCAUCGUACUUCCCCGGCAAAGUCCAGAUUGUCGGUCACUUGCUCAAGGCGAUUUGCAUUCUCAACCAUCCCCUCGACAAGACUGGAGACACCGACUCCCUCCAACUCAUCAUCCCACAAUCACAGGUCGGACGCAAGCACGACAUCUACAUCGCCAUGGUGUCAUCCGCCCACAACGUUUGUCCCAGGGGCUAUUACAUUGCGAUCGUGUCGACCAUUGCUGAGACCUCUGCCAACCACCAUCUUGAACUCGCUCCUGGAUUGGAACGACUAGGCCGAAUCGAAGAGAAAUUCAUGGGCUCCCCAAUCCCACUGUAUCAGCCUCUCGAGAGCGGAGUGAAUGAUCAAAUCUUCAUCUCCAACAGCUUUGACGCGUCAAGUCACUUUGAAACCGUCACCGAGAAUGUACGAGACAUCUACCGCAGAGCUAUGGGCGAGGAAUUGAAAGUCGAAGGGUUGAGGGAGGGUCAGACUUUGGCGGAAGAGUAG